AGGCUUAGGUGCUUUUUGCUCGUGCUGGAUCCUGCAGCUGGCUUCUGUUCAUCUGGCCUCCAGUUCCUGGGAUUUGAGCUUACCUACAUUCUUACUUGCAGUCUUGUCUGCUGAUCUUGGGAUUCAUCAAUCUUCAUAGCCUAUGAGAAAGAGCCCUGCUCUCUGAUCUGCCAGUCUUGGGUUCACCAGCCCCUGCGGCUAUGUGAAUCAGGAGAAGCCUCCAUCCUGACCUGCAGGCUUGGGACUUUCCAGCCUCUACAACCACUCUUUUUCAGACAUAUGAAAGCUGAAAAGAAUUCAUCAUCAUCAGACUUACCACAAGAAAUGUUAAAGGAAGUCCUUCACACAGAAGGAAAAUGAUACUGGAUAAAAAUACGGAUCUACCAAAAGGAAUGAAGAGCACUGGAAGUGGUAACUAUAAAGGAGAGAGGAACAAGAUAUUAAAAAUAAAAAAAAAUACAAUUCCCCAGCACUAAAAAAGAGGAAGCAGAGGGAGCACAUGGUACAGCCACCUGAGCUGGAGGCACAGGGCUGGGGUGCCGCAUCUGCUAUAACGGACAGCCUGCAGGGAAGGGUACUUCCAGCAUCUGCUUCCACUGGCCUCUGCCAGGAUCAUGAAACUUCCCCUGCUGUGUGUGCUGCUGGUGAUCUCUGGUGUGAUUCCAACCCAGAGCGGGACCCUGAACCUGAACAAGAUGAUCAAACAAGUAACCGGGAAGAUACCCUUCUUCACCUAUUGGUUCUAUGGCUGUCACUGCGGACCUGGUGGCAAAGGCCACCCCAAAGAUGCCACAGACUGGUGCUGCAGGGCCCAUGACUGUUGCUACGCCCUCUUGAAGAACGAAAGAUGCCGUUUCCACACGGACAAUUACAGAUACGACUUCCUCGAAGGGGAAAUCCAGUGCUCGGACAAGGGGAGCUGGUGUGAGAAGCAGCUGUGCGCCUGUGACAAGACGAUGGCCUUGUGCCUGCAGGAAAGCCUACACACUUACAAUAAGCGCCUGCGUUACUACUGGCGGCCCCGUUGCCAGGGCCAGAGCCCAGAGUGCUGGGAGAGGUCCGCCAUGAAGUGACCUGUCUGUGCCCACACACCCCCACCCUGUUCUUCCAUCACCUUGAGCUCUGGAAGCCGAUAGAAUUGCUGACUCAGUACUUAACCCCUGCGAACCAGCCUGUUGUUGAUGUUGUUAGGUGCCAUCGAGUCGGUUCAGACUCAUAGUGACCCUAUGCACAACAGAAUGAAACACUGCCCGGUCCUGCGCCAUCCUUACAAUUGUUGUUAUGCUUGAGCUCAUUGUUGCUGCCACUGUGUCAAUCCACCUUGUUGAGGGUCUUCCUUUUUUCCGCUGACCCUGGCUCCUUUAAAUGCUCCCUGGCUGAUCAUGGUUCAUGUCACUGAACUGCACAUGUGAAGAUUGUUGAAAUGGCAAAUAUUUUGUUACCUAUGUAUUUACCACAAAAAAAAAAAAGGCAGAUCAGCCAAUCACACAAUGUAAACCUUAUUUGAAUCUUGAUUCAAAGAAAUUUAAGAAAAUAAAAAUAUUUUGACAUUUAUUAA